ACACAGUUUCACUGAAGUCGCAUAGGAUUGCAUGGUUCACAUAACAGUACAUAAUUGAUGUAACUAAACAUGAAACAUGAGACACUAAAUACACACACACACACACACACAAAUCUUGCAAACAAUUCAUUAAUACUUUGCUUUUAAUUCAAAUAUCUGCUAUAGGUUGGACCAACCUUUGGAAGAAAGAUACUAACUGGGUAUCUGGCCAAUAAAGGAGUGAGGGCAGGGGAGAAGCGUGUUGCUGGUGUCCUCCGAGACUUGCACCAGCCAUACCACGAAGAACGUUGCAAUGGGGCAAGAAAUCUAAAUCCAACACCAUACAUGGCCGAGUACGUGGGUCAUAAAAUCCAUCUGGACCAAAAUGAGAAAUGAGUCAUGUUUGGUGCUACCCAUGCACUGGCGAUAGAUGGCUACAGCAGCAAAAUAGUUGGCUAUGCAACUAUGCCAGUAAAAAAUAAUCUUAUAAUUUAUGGAGACGUGUACAGGUCUGCAGUCCUGAAUUAUGGCCUUUGGGACCAGGUCCGUGUGGAUCAUGGCAGAGAAUUUUACCUGACACUGUUCAUGCAGGAAAACCUCCAGGCAUACCGAAACAAUCAGGACAGGCGCCCAUAUCUGCAGACGAAAUCCACUGAAAACCACAGAAUUGAAAGGAUAUGGGUGGAAGUUAACAACAGGGUGAACUACCCUUUGAAAGCGGCUCUUGUGGACCUACAGGACAAGGAGCUUGUCAAUAUGGAGGACAAUGCUGUGAAGUUCUGUACAUCUAAACUUCUGUGCCAAGUGAGCAGCAUCGGCAUCGAAAGGGUAGUGGGAGCAUGGAAUGCUCAUGCGAUACCAGGAAGGGGGGUGCCAAAUCACUUGGCCGAAAAUGGCUGCAAGGUCAAACUGUCAGAGGAGCUCUUGCCAUCGCCCCCAGAGGCAGCUGCGUGGUAUGACCGGGAGCUGAACUCCUCUCUGGCCAGGGACUCAUGCUUCGGACAAGACCCUUUCACAACACAUGAAGCCAAGAUGAGGGCAGAGGCAGAGUUCGUGGCAGUAUUUACCAACAUGGCUGUGAUGUACGAAGGUGCAGUGCACAACCACUUUAAGCCUUUUCAGGAUGCCCUGCUGUACCUAAUUGACUCAGCAAGAAGGCAUGCCUAAGCUGUAAUCUGUAACCACAACAUAAUAAAAAAUUGCUCAUAUAACAAAUGAAACA